AUCUUCUGCUAAGUCACCAACCCAUUUUCCAAACUCCAAAAGCGUCACUUCCGAAAGUUUACUCCUCGUUCUCGCCCAGUCGAUGCAUAGGACGGGGGGUAGUUUCCUGACUAACUCCUUGAGUAACGCCACGUCGUACAUGUACCCUCGUAACCCGGAGGCCGUCAUCGUUCCUACCAACCGCUUCACCGCAUAUCCAAACUCUACGACCGUUGACAGCCUUUCAAUCUUCGGUGGUGCCAUUUUUCUGAUCUUCUCGGUCAUGGACUCCACAAUCAGAUCUGGUCUGCCGAAACGCGCCUUUAGAGUCGCCAUCACCUCAUUCAACCCGUCCGGGAAGGACAAAAGGUGGCCUACCGCUUCGAACGCCGCUCCUCUCAACGCAUAUUGUAGACGGCCAAUGUUUUCGUCAUCGGUGUAACCACAUGCAGUGUUAGUGCGGUUAUACGUGGCUAUGAAAAACGACCACGCUUCUGGUUCCCCGGAAAAGAUCGGAAGGUCCCGGGGCACCGGUUGACGAGCAGCUAUCUGGCUCUGACUCAGUGUGCUGGUGUUGAAAUGUGGUUGCACAUAUUCGUGUUGUGGUAGUAUCGUGUGAGCCGAAUGUGUAUGCGAAGUGUACGUCGGGUGUGUCUGUAUAGUGUGCGCUGAGUGAGAAUGUGUCGCGUGAGGAAGAGUUUGUGUUGCGUGAGGAUGCAUCCUUUGUGACGGUAGUGUAGCGUAGGUCGACGCAAUCGCGGGGCUCGGUUGAGGGAGUUGGGCUUGCUCAGCAGCGGCGCGUUGCCCGAGGUCGUUGCCCCCUGGAAUUUGGCCUUGCGUAAGGGCUUUUCCCGCCGGGUAUAUUCGACGCAAGGAUUCCUCGAAACUCUUCACCCACCCAGCAAACUCCGGAUAAUGUGUCCCCCCAGUGCCGCCGUGGUUGGGAUGCUCAGCGAUGGCCGCCGAGCCAUUUUCGUCUUCUGCAUCCCGUAGCAUCUGCAUCUCGUGCUCAAUCUCCUGCAAUCGUCGUCUUCGCGAUUCGCGAAUGUCAUCGCGGCCCUGGUUCGCACCGUGGUUUAAUGCGUGGAACGGUGAACUUAUCCCCUUACUCUGCCCCUCUUUGCAAAGUACCGCAACGUUCGUUGUGGUGGCAUCGCUCCUCGGGGUGCUUCCUUCCGUCGUUACAGUGCUCGAUGUUCCCGGGGAGGAUGGAUCGUACCUGGGCCCGCCAGAGACGUUACCGCUUUCCUGCGGCGUUUCCGGACUCGCUGCGUUGUCACCUGACAGACUGUUGGGCACUCACGAGUUUCCAACACCCGGUAAUCCUCCGCAUAGUCCGGAUCAGCCACGAUAGCAUUGGCC